UAGCGCUCGAAUCUCCUCUUGGGUAAUUAUGCAUUUGUUUGCUUCCGCAGCCGAUAUUACGAAAUACUUACGAUAAAGCAAAAGCUUGUCGAGAUUUUUCGACAAUGGCCACGCCGGAACCUAUGACGCCGGCAACCUAUGACCGGACGUAUGGCGGCAAUCGAGCUUUUCAUAAUUUCUUCAACGAUUUCAGCCACAUCCAGGAUCCGAAUCUACGGCGACGGCUCGCGCUAUCAGAAAUCGAUAAAGUUCCUUUUGGAAUGUACCAUGUGAGGGCUGUUUUAGUCGCUGGUAUAGGGUUUUUCCUUGAUUCGUACGAUAUUUUCGCCAUCAAUCUCGUAACAACGCUACUCGGUGUUGUGUUCUGGCAUGGAGCACCGGAGGAUGCGAAGAAUGGGUAUGGAGGGAACUUUGGACACCUACCGACCCCGGUCAGCCAAACUCUGAAGGCGUCAACGAGCGCGGGUAUCAUCGUAGGUCAGAUCCUAUUUGGUUGGCUGGCGGAUAAGUUCGGAAGAAGGCGGAUGUAUGGAGUUGAGCUAGGCAUUAUUGUCUUCUCGACUCUCUCUUGUUGCUUGGUUGCGGCCUCACAAGCUAUAAGCUUCACUGGUCUAAUGACGUUUUGGAGGGUUAUGAUGGGAGUCGGUAUAGGAGGGGACUAUCCUUUGAGCGCUGUCAUCACCUCGGAGUUUGCGCCUACGCGAUGGCGCGGCGCUAUGAUGGCCGCGGUGUUUUCCAUGCAAGGGAUGGGACAAUUGCUGGCCGCCGUCGUAGCCCUUAUCGUUACCGCGUCGUUCAAGACCGCCUUCGGAAACGCCCCGACCGUCGACCAAUGCGACUAUGCAUGUCAGACGGCCGCCGAUCGAUGCUGGCGUAUUAUUGUGGGAGUUGGAGCUUUUCCGGCUUGCUUUGCUCUCUACUAUCGCAUUACAAUCCCCGAAACGCCUAGAUAUACCUUCGAGGUAGCGAAGGACGUCGAGAAAGCAGCUGCUGAUAUCAAGGCGUACAUGUCGAGCAAGUCAGAAGGAGAGGUAGAUGAAAUAACACAAGCGAGGAUGAAGAAAGUCGCCGCUCCAGCGCUCAACAUACCUUCAGCGUCUUGGCACGAUUUAUACACUUACUUCACACAAUGGAAGAACGCCAAAGUCCUGCUAGGAACGACUCUAUCGUGGUUUUUUCUAGACCUAGCUUUCUAUGGUUUAGGGUUAAAUAACCAGAUAAUAUUACAAGCGAUCGGUUACGCCGAUGGAGACUCGCUUUAUACAAUAUUGUUCAACGGCGCAGUCGGCACGAUCAUCCUAGUCGUUGCGGGCUCUCUACCUGGAUAUUGGACUGCGAUACUGACGAUUGAUAGCAUCGGUCGCAAACCACUCCAGAUUAUCGGAUUCGCUAUACUUACCAUCACCUUUUGCGUGCUAGGAUUCAUGUACAAUAGCCUCAGCAAGGGUGCUUUAUUGGCCCUAUAUGUCAUUGCAAACUAUUUCUUCAAUUUCGGUCCAAAUACCACUACCUUCAUCGUCCCCGGCGAGUGCUUCCCGACUCGAUACCGCUCCUCCGGGCACGGGCUUUCGGCAGCCAUGGGGAAAGUGGGUGCCAUCGUCGCGCAAGUUAUUUCCUUGCCGCUUCUCACAAAGGACGCUCCUACCCCUUGCUCAGGGAAAUCGUGCACGCCCUGGCUCGACCGGCUGAUGCAGAUAUUCGCGUUGUUUAUGCUCUGCGGGACAUUUUCGUCGCUACUCAUUCCCGAGACUAAGGGUUAUACCCUCGAAGAGCUAGCGGGGGAGCCUCCGACAUCGUACAACUCGGGCCGUAACGGCAGCAUCAUUGAACGGUCUAAGGGCCGGUGGUGGAACCCGUUCUCGGGCGGUCAACCGGCCGGCUUCUUCUACCCGCGCAUGGCGCCGAGUGGUCGGACGGGUAUCAUGACGACACCCGAAACGGUAGUCCAGAACGUUCAGCCGAAAAGGGGGUGGAAGUUCUGGAAGCGCAGUAAUAGCGGUAAUGCGGUUGACUGCGCCGCCAGCUCGAGCUCAACAGCGGGUUUCGCCAUGUCAGGGGAGACGGUGGUGGCGAACGCAGGCGUAUUGCCCGGUUGGGGGGCUGGGUGGGGUAGGAUAGAUAGAGGAGGGAACACUCUCGCUAUGGAUAAUAUACGGCUGCAAGAUGUGGGAAGCCUGUUAAAGUAAGGGGUAUCUAGACUAUAUGACCUAUAUAAGGCAACUUCGAUUCUAAAGGGGGGUAUAAGCGUGGCGUACGGGUCGGAUCGGGUUGGGUUGGAUUUGGAUUCGGGGGGCUUUUUACUUACUUAAGAUUAAUGCCUUGUACGUCUUGAGAAAUAGAACUACUAACAGG